GUGAUUACCUGCGCAAGUGCAAAAGAAGUAAACGUACAUUUUGCGUUUCCGUUUGUAUACAAAAGGAGAAGCCGCCAAAGACGUUUUUGAACAAUCUUAAGCCAUCCUGCUAGAAAAUGACGGCCCUAAUGCAGAAGCCGAAAAGUGAGAUGACGCCAGAGGAGCUGGCACAGCGAGAACAGGAAGAGUUUAACACUGGUCCUCUGUCUGUCCUCACACAGUCUGUAAAAAACAACACACAGGUCCUCAUAAACUGCAGGAACAACAAGAAGCUCCUCGCCAGAGUCAAGGCUUUUGACAGGCAUUGUAACAUGGUUUUAGAAAACGUCAAAGAAAUGUGGACAGAAGUACCUAAGACAGGAAAAGGAAAGAAAAAGUCCAAACCAGUGAACAAAGACAGAUACAUCUCCAAAAUGUUCCUCCGAGGGGACUCUGUGAUUCUCAUUCUUAGAAAUCCAAUGGCAACUGCCAAGUAGGGUGGGGAGAAACUGUUAAGUAGGGGGGAGGGUAGGGGGAGAAAGUUGUGUAAAGUAGGCAGGGAUUGUACAAAGCAGAUUUGUACCUGUGUUAAAAAGGGUCAGUGGAUGCACCCAAUGUAAGCGAGGUUGAGAUGAAUUUACAGCUGACAUUGUGUAGACAAUGCCGGCUGAAGGUCUAACCCUUGCUCUGAUAUCUAACGAGGGGAUGGGAAAUAGUAAUUAUUGUAUUUUAUUAUUUUCUGAUCUCUUGCAAUUUUUGAUGAUCAGUUAAUGUUUUGUAUACAUGUUGCGAUGGUUUUAUAUAAUUUUGUCAUUUAUUGUCUUGUACAUGUGUAUAACACGAGAGAAGUUCAUCUUUCAUUUAUUGUCAUUAAAUCAUGAAACACUUUUA